AAUAUAUGCAUACUGUUUUAACACUUCCUCUUACUUUAGUUUCUGAUUUCUAGAUUCUACUAGGGUCAGGCUAUGAAUCUUGUCGGCAAUAUUAUCAAUUUUUCAGUCAUUUAUUCUAAGAGUGUAGACCUGGCUGCUACUAUUUGAAAAUAAUUUUUUGAGUUGAUUUGUCUACUCUGUUCAAUCAUCAACACUGCAGGGAAAAUAAAAAUUUGACUGGAACUGCAAGAUAUGCUAGCAUGAAUACUCACCUUGGCAUUGAACAAAGUCGAAGAGAUGAUUUAGAGUCUCUUGGUUUCGUUUUGAUGUACUUCCUGAGAGGGAGUCUUCCUUGGCGGGGACUUAAAGCAGGAAACAAGAAGCAAAAGUAUGAGAAAAUUAGUGAAAAAAAGGUUUCUACAUCGAUUGAAGCUUUGUGUCGGGGUUAUCCAACAGAAUUUGCAUCAUACUUCCAUUACUGUCGCUCAUUAAGGUUUGAUGAUAAGCCAGAUUACGCUUAUCUCAAAAGGAUAUUCCGUGACCUGUUUAUUCGGGAAGGUUUGAAAUUAUUAUUAUAUAGAAAGGAUAACUUUUUCCUCAUUUCUUAAGUUUAUAAUUUGUAG